GAGCCGAUCAGGUUUCAGCAGCGUUCCCGGUCCACAUGAAGAUGUCAUGCUAGCUAAGUUCGUAAUGAGGUAGCCUAUAAUGAAGCUAGCAAAUAAACAAGACGAACAAACCAUUUUAACGACAAUUUUAUCAUUAUAAACUAGCAAUCAUGUUCGGAUUUGACGAAGCUAAGAACGCCCGCGACGAACUCUACGACGGCCAGCCUCACGAGUCCAAGCUGUCCCACGAGUUCAUCGGCGGUGCUGCCUCCUUCGAGGCCAUGAAGCUCUUCGAGGACCGCCAACGCAGAGAAGGCAAGACAAUCGACCACGCCUUCGCCAAGGAACUCCUUGCCGGCAUCGCGGGCGCCGAAGUCGACAAGCUCGUCGAGACAAAGGGUCUAGACUUCGUAGACCGCGAGAAGGCUAAGCACCACGCCAAGAGGCAAGCUGAGGAGCUGUAUGACCGCCAGUACGGCGACCAGGACCAGUACGACCCUAACAACAGCAGCCGCCACCCUACGAUGGACUACUAGAUCUGA